AUGGCCAUGGUACACGACCCGCGCUUUGUCGAGGACGUGCCUGAAGGACGCGCCGCGAUCCCGGCUUUUAUCGUCUGCCGCAACGCACACCUCCUGUGCGCCAGCUGCCUCGGCGACAAGCGCUCGGCCUGGCCCCUCAGCGUCCACGACACGCAGUGCCCGACUUGCCACGACGAGAUGCUCAAGUCGUCGCAGCCAUCAAGGGCCGUCGUCAUCAAGCUCGACCAGUACACGUUCCUGUGCCGGUACGCCGACGCCGGCUGCCCGUGGAAAGGCCAGGUCAGCCAGGAGACGGAGCACGCCAAGAAGCUGUGCCGGUUCCGCUUCCUGCGCUGCGGGCGCUGCGGCGAGCAGUACCGCGCCGGGUUCGCCCUCGAGCACAACGAGUUGUGCACCGAGCUGGUCAUCACCUGCCCCGAGGGCGGCGCCGACUGCCUCGGCGCACCCAGAAGCGGCAUGUACCCGCGCAGCCAGGCCGACGAGCACGCCAAGAAGCUCUGCCGCAACAGGCCCUGCCGCAACUUCCCGUUCUGCCGCACCCGCACCUCGGCCGCCAACCUCGUCCCGCACGAGCCGGCGUGCACGUUCCAGCUCGAGCAGCAGGCCUCGGCCCGCCAAGAAGCCGCCACGCAGCGCACCUUGCUCGCCCAGUCGCAUGCCGAGAACGCCACCCUGCGCGAGCGGGCCGAGCGCGUCGAGAAGGCGCUCAAGAGCGCGAGCGAGGAGCUCGACAAGGAGCGCACGAGGCGCCGCGAGCUCGAGCGCGAGUGCGACGACCUCGCCGACAAGCUGCGCGACGAGAUCAGGCGGUAUGCGCGGCUGGCGGGGCGCGAGCGGGACGGUGGACGCGGCGGCGGCGGCGGCGGCGAGCGGCGGUCGAGGGACGAGCAGCGCUUUGCCCCGGCGACGCGGCAGAGCUGGUCGGCGAGCCGGUCGAGCAGCGUGAGGGACGACCGGUGGGCGCCGGUCCACGACGACGCAAGCGCGUACUCGUCGGCGGGCCGCUCGAGGUACUGA